UUUUUGGCCAUGGAAGCAAAAGGAUGUCUGAUGACAAACUCUGGUCCAAUUGGGUGUAGCAAUUAUAGAUCCCAGCAGCAUUCAACAAUCAAAAUCAAUGUUUUCGAACCGUCGUUGACCUGGACAGUCGGACCGUUCAUACUGGAAAUCGUUCAGGUGACCGGUUCCGUUUUAGCUCAAACCCGGCAUUUGGUCAAAAAUUAUUGAAUUAGUUAACAAACUGUUGAUCCAGAUGGUUUGACUGGUAAACUGGUUGAACGGUUUGCUCUUCCUCUCAGAUUUGAGACUGAGAAAUCUUGUAUCUGUUUUUCUCGCACGAGAAGGUGAGAGAGAGAAAGCGAGAUCUGGGAUUGAGAACGCCACUGCUGUUGCCGCUGUAGUUCACCAUCACUGUCGCUGUCGUCACUGCUGCAAGCCUGCAAGUCCUUCUUCGUCACCACUGCCUGCAAGUCCUCCUCCUAAACUCUUUCAGUUCAGCCAACAGUUUUCUUUCAAAGUUUCAACUUUAUUCUCUCUUAUAUAGUUACCCUAAUAUUUUGAUGCUCAAACUGUUAUCGUUUGACCUGAAUGAUCAAACUGCUGAUCAAGAAAUCGGUGGCCGGAAUGAUUCCGUUUUUGAAUUAAUUUUUAAAACCUUAAUCCAAAUCUGUCCCGUUGUUAAGUAAGACGGGUUAAGUUAGUGUUGUUGGUGGGCUGAUCCAGAGAUAUGCCAUAGCACAUUUAUUAGGAUGCUCUGUUUGAGUGCAAAUACAAAUGUCUUGUUACUUUGUUAGGAUACAAUGUGCUUGUAUUGUAUUAUGCACAAAUGUCUUGUGGCUUUGUUAGGAUGUUCUGUUUGGAGUGCAAAUACAAAUAUAUGYGGUGGGAAACUAUGCAUGCUGUGUAUGUAUUUGUACCUGUACAUAUUUGUAUUUAUACUCUUUCCUAACUGAGCCUUCUUAUGAUUUUUGUUACGUUGUCACUGCACCGGUGGCUAUGGUUCGUUUUUAGCCGAUGAUGGUAUUAAGCCCAUGCUUGGCCUAGCUUCGAAAAGUUAAGCUCUUGUGAAUUACCCUGGUAUUCCAUAAUAAAGUUACGGUCAAGGACUCAAAUGCUGGAUAUCUAUUAGUGUUUGUGUUUUUGGAUUUUGAUCAAAAUCCAUCGAGUAAAUUUCUGUAAGCGAAAUGGUGAAUGAAAUUGUUGAUAUGAAUUUGUGAAAAAAAAUAUUUUGUAUCCGCGCAAUGCGAUCUCUCCUACCAAGUAUAAUGACAAAAAGCAGAUUUACUGGGGCCUCUGGUCAAACAGUUGGUUUUUAAGUUUACAAUAUUUCAAACUGAAACCAGUCGGUUUGAUUAAUUGCCGGUUUUUCGUGUAAGUUAACCGAAAUCAAACCGGUCCUUCACUUUUUUGCAAUUUUCCAAACUUAAGUCGAACUGAAUCAAUCAAUUAACCGGAUUUUUCAGUUCGGCUCGAUUUUUCGGUUUUUGAUUAGCAAUGAACAACUCUUGAAUAAGCAAAUCUGCUGUCUAUCGAGAGAUUUCUCAAUCUAAUCUACAAACAUUUCGGAAUGUAGUAAUCAAACAAAUGAAUUUGUCUCUGUCAAUUAUAAAUUUUGUUCCUCGCUCUUGUAACAGAGUUGCACAUCUCUUUGCCCGUCAUUCUGUAGGCUGUCUGGUUGGACAGAAAGUAAGUGGUCUUGUUUUUAAUCAAAUCGAACAUAGAAAUUCCACCCAUUGAAAUGAACGGUGGCAUUGCACUUGGUUUUUCUACAUCCAGUCAUAGACCGGUUCAUAGUUACGUUAUGUAAUUUUUCCCCUCUUCUUUGUGGACAGCAGGGAUUCAUGACAACAUCUGCAUAGAAAAGGAAAGCCAAAAGUAAUUUCAUGAACAUAGUAACGAGCUGAUGACAAGAUUUGAGAAGUUGCAGAUUUCAGCUAUUCAGCAAGAAACGUUGAAUAUAGAUCUGAAUUGAGUCAUCAUUAUUCAUGUCAGUUUUAUUUUCUUACUGGUUUUUAAACGCGGAGCAAGGAAGAGGAGGGAAGAAUAGCUUUUUGGUGGGAUCGAGCAGAGAAGGAGGACGGCUAGAGGGGAAAAUAAUCAGAAAAGAAGAUUCUGCAAUUUUUUUAGAUUUUUUAAUGGUUGUUACUUUCUUUAGUUGCUUUGGCCUUUGCAUCCACGUCUCACGUUAUUUACUUAGACGGUAAAACCACAAUUUUCCUGCGGCGGUAAGGCUAGGGUUUAUUCAUUGUUCGUUUGUACUCCGUGCUCCCUUCAGUCCUCGAACUACCAUGGCAUCCACUUCGGGAACCGAAUCCACCGAAACUCCAACGUCUUCGUCGAGAUCAAAAGAAGCAGAGAAGCCUCAGAUAGAGCCGUUGCGGCUGCCCACGGUUGAGGAGAUCCGUGGCCAAGACAUUUGGAACAACUGUGCUGUCCGCAGUGUAGUUAGUGGAGUAAUGGGAGGUGGGUUAGGGUUUUUCAUGGGCCUGUUUUUUGGGGCGCUGGAUAAUCCUCUAACGAAUCCCUUGGUGCAAGAGGAAAUGACCGCAAAGCAACAAUUCAUCUAUACGGCAAAGCAGAUGGGGAAAAGGAGCAUUAGUUCAGCCAAGACCUUUGCAUUGAUGGGACUAAUCUUCUCGGCUGCAGAAUGUGUUGUUGAGAAGGCACGAGCGAAACAUGACAUGACAAAUACCGUUGUUGCUGGGUGUGUAACUGGAGGGUCAUUAUCAGCAAAGGGUGGACCAAAGGCAGCAUGUGUUGGUUGUGCAGGUUUUGCUACGUUUUCAGUUCUAAUUGAGAAAUUUCUUGACAGACAUAACUGAUUCAGUACGUAUCUUGUUGCAACUUUGUAUACUGAUUCUUCUCAGCUUAUAUAGUUGAGCUGAUCGGAGAAGGUGCAGAUUUACUCAGUUUUCCAAAUCUGAGAGGAUAUUAAUUAUAUUCAACGUAAUCAUGAUUCAUUUGUUUCCCUGCUUUUUAGAGGGAAUAUCACAAGCAACUUAUUACAGCCCUUCUGAUGUGGUUUUUUUGGUCUGUUGAGUGUUUCUAAAGCAAGCAAAGUGAUAUAAUGUUAUAGAAACUCCACAUGUAACAAUUUAAUAAAAUUCAUUGAGAACAUGUCAAGAAUUUGUUUUGUUUACUCUAUGUCCAUGGAGACAGGCUGAAACUGGUAUGGAAUUACCAUUUGAACUACUUAGUGAGACUCUUUUUGAUUGUU